GAAGCGAGGUCACAGAGUCAAGAUGAAGUGUCUCUUUCUUGUAGCAACUCUUUUUGUAGUAGUCCUGUCUCAAACUCCACAGAGAAGAUGCCGUGAGGCUCCUUAUAAGUUUUCUGGUUCAUUCAAGGAGGUUAACUAUGAUGCUAGACCUGGUGAGGUCUCAUUCCGUUUUGCCAAUAUUUCCUACAGCAGGACUGAGAUGAAAAUAAAAGUUGAAAUGUUUGAGAGACAAGAAGGAGGCAGGGAUUUUGUCACUGAAACAGAUCUCCUCCUGUUUACUGAAAGAACCCGCUAUCGUGUGUAUGAGGGUCAUUGCACUAAAUCCGAGAUCGAAUCUACAGAAUCAUUCCCAGAUUUUGGAAUACCAGAAAAUGCUACCUUUUUUGGUUCUGACUACCUUGGAGCUGAAGGACCUAACCUUGGCGUGCUUGUUGAUAACUUUUAUCACAGAGAUGGGGAAGGAGGAGAUUAUCACGGAAGUUUUGCACCUGUUGGGUUUACUGGAACUGUCUGCUGGCCAGUUGUUGAGAGUUUUGUUCGUAGGACUCCACCUCGCUCCCCUAGGCCUACAUCUACCAAUGUUGCUUAUGAAUUUAUGAAUUUGUCAACUACUCUUGCUGAAGAUGCUUUUGAAAUACCUAAAGAGUGCGAGACGCCACCACCACCACCAAUCAUUAGGGGACGCAAUGUUCUUUAAAAAUAUUCUACUGUAAAAAAUGCUGCACAAGAACAAAUUAUAGACUGAAUGCAAUUAGAAAUGUGUUACAUGCUGGCAUUAUUAUUGUUACCUCAAUUUUCAUUUUUCGCUAUUAUUAAAACAUUA